AUGAGUCCCGGCAAGCCUCAAAAAAGCAAAGGCAAAGAAAAGGCUGGUGGAGACAGGGACACAUUGGAUUCUUUGAUUGGCGGGUACGAGAAUACGAGCAUUGGUGAUAGUAAAUCUCACACAGGGCAUUCCAGAAAACAUGAAAGACUCCCUGGCGAUAGACAUUUCGUCGUUGUCCGAGAAUCUCCACCUGGUUCUGCUUCUCGCACGACACGAACAGUCACCCCACCGAGAGGCAAUAGUCCUGCGAAAACAGCUAAAGUACAAGAAAGCCCCAAUGCCUCUCCUCAAACCAGGGAAAAGAAACAUAAAGAAGCUUAUAAAGCCCUCCAUGGAAAAUGA